AUGGAGGGUACUCGUAGUGGACGAGGUCGUGGGCGCGGAUGUAAGCAACCCUCGAAUGAAAGGGGUAAUCGAGAACCAAUACUUGAACCAAAUCCUGAACCUAGGGUUGACCCAAAUGCUCAAGUAGCCGCUGCUAUCCAGCGCAUGACUGAUCUGCUAGCCCAUGUAGUGGAACACCAGGGCCAGAACCCUAAUCCUCAACCUGAAAAUCCUGGUUUGACAGACAUUUUGAAGUUGUACCAUAUUAGUAAAUUUGAUUUUGAAAAGCUUCAUGUAAAAGCUUCUUUGAUCCCAAAAUUCUUACCAGCGAUGAGGCAAGGAAUGUGCUGUUCAGGAUCAAAUUGGAACUCUGAAAUUCCUUAUAGCAUCAAUAACAAUUAUGCUUGGGAAACUCGUCUUCAGGGACUUGAACCAACCUUGAUGCAUAUUGAAUCAGUGGCCAGGGGGAUUUUAUAUUUCUGUCAUUCCUUUAAUUCUGUCAAAUUCACAGGAUGCAUGAUGAAGGAAAUGAGCGAUCUGAUUUCAAGUUUGAUAGAGAUAACCAAAGCAAGACUUCACACAUCCAGAAUGGAAAAUCUGGCAACAACUCUAGUAGAUGCAGCUUAUAGGGCAGAAUUCAUUGUUGACUCAAUUCUGAGUGGCAAUGGAUCGGAAAGACAUUUCAAGGAGCAGGUAGCUGCAUUUCAAGAGGAGGCAUUUGAGGUGGGAGCCAAAAGUGCUAAGCAAUCUAUGGGUCGUGAUUUCUCACAGAUGAGUACCUUUAAAAUAAAUGAAGAUGUAGCAGAGCUAAAUAAUCAGCAACAAAUCAUAGUUGAUCGACUUACCAGGGGAUCAUCACAGCUGGAUACAGUUUCAAUUGUUGGAAUGCCAGGAAUAGGUAAGACAACCCUGGUCAAUAAAGUGUAUCAUGAUCCUGAAGUUGUAUAUUACUUCCACAUUCGUGUAAUGUGCAAUGUUUCACAAGUGUACACAAAAAGAGAUUUGUUGCUUAAAGUUUUAUGGCACAUUAUUGAGCUUAAAGAUAAUAUCUUGACAAUGACCAAUGAAGAUUUGGAGUUGGUUCUCGAUAAACACUUGAAGAAAAAUCGGUAUUUAAUAAUUUUGGAUGAUGUGUGGAGUAUCAGGCCAUGGAAUGACUUGAAGAGCUCAUUUCCAGAAGACACCAAUGGAAGUAGAGCUCUGAUAACAAGUCGUCUCGAUGACAUGGUGUCGAAACUCACACUUGAAUGUAAUCUUCUUAAACUUUGUCCACUCUCCGAUGCUGAAAACUGGGAGCUACUGCAGAGGAAGAUAUAUCCCAAAGAAGACUGUUCACACAAGAAACCAGAGUUGUGGAAACAAAUUGCAGAGAGUUUGAACUCAAUCAUAAUAAAUAAUCCACAAACUCGGUGCAUGGACAUCUUUGAAUUGAGUUACAAUUACAUGCCAGAUCAUCUGGAAGCAUGCUUUCUCUAUUAUGGAUUAUUUCAAGGGGACAAAGAGGUUGGAGUUCGAAGAUUGAUAAUGCUAUGGGUGGCUGAAGGAUUUAUACAGAAAAAGAAGCCAAAGAGCUAUUUGAUGGAUCUGGUUGGUAGAAGCUUAAUAAUGGUUUCAAAAAGAACAUCAAACGGUGGUGUCAAAGCAUGUCGGACUCAUGAUAUGGUAUGUAAAUAUUUUUUGGCUAUAUGGCCUUCUGGCCCAUAUGUUCAUUCUCUGCUGUACUUUGCCACCACUGAUGCCUAUGCAAGAUGUCUUUAUAACGUCUCAUUCAUUUCCAGAAACUCUAAACUUCUCAAAAUGCUGGAUUUGGAAUCAAUCAAUAUGGGCAAUUCCUUUGCAGCUGUUGGUGGUGAUAUUGACUCUAUUCCGCCAUCAUUAGCUAAUUUACGGAAUGUAGAGAUUCUUAUUGUGAAGGGACUGAAAGAUACUAGAAAGGUUGUGAAAGUGAAAGGAAUAUCUGAACGCAAGAGAGAAGAAGCAAGCAAAGAAGAAGCACUAGCUAUUAGAAGUGCUCUAAUAAUGACAAAGGAUGCAGGUCGAACUAACAUAGAAGUCCAAACCGACUGUAAAGGUGUAGUGGACCAAAUCAACACAAGCAAUGUUCAGAACAGUAGCAUAGAAACAAUUCUGGAGGACAUUGGUGACCUUAGACAGGAGUUUGAAUGUUGCAGAUUCUCUUUCGUUUCUAGGGCUGGAAAUGGUUGUAGCCGUUUCCUGGCACAAUUUGCUGCCAAACUAGUUAAGAAUAUUGAAUGGGAAAAUAACUUCCCAACAUGGCUAAUAGAUCUAGCAAGAAAGGAUAUGGGGAUAGUUACCCCUUUUUAUAAUUAG